GCCUAACUUAGUCUAGUCUAGGCUCAUGCUGUGUUUUAGUUUGCCACUUGAUAUUAUUUAUUUAUUCAACUCUCAUGUUUAAAGAUUUAAAUGGAAAAAGCUAUGUGCAAAUGCGCUAGGUUAAUACAUUCACCAGUUUUAGGACAUUGGCGUUCUAUAAGAUAUUUCAGCUCAGCAACAAAUGCUGGUUCUUCACACAACUACUGUUUGGAUUUAGUAAGGAAAUACGAUUAUGAAAAUUUUCUCAGUAGUUUAUUGCUGGCAAACUCCGUGCGUUCAACAGCAUUUGCAGUAAGGAGCUUCAAUGUUGAAAUAUCCAAAGUCCAAGACCAAGUGAGCAACCACCAGUUGGCCCAAAUGAGGUUGAAGUUUUGGCUGGAAACAAUUGAUAGUUUAUUUAAGAAUCAAGUACGGGAACAUCCUGUGGCCCAAGAACUUCACAAGGCUAUAGGAAGGCAUAAACUGCAAAAGACACAUUUGAAAAACCUAGUGUUGGCCCGAACCAACCAGCUUUCGAGUACAUUUCCUAAUCUGGAGGCGAUGGAAAAGUAUGCUGAAUUAUCUGUUUCGUCAAUUUACUACAUGCUAUUGCAAGCAUCAGGUAUACAGAAUGUCCAUGCUGAUCAUGCUGCCAGUCAUCUAGGUAAGGCGCAGGGGUUGGCUAACCUGGUACGCUCGUUGCCGCAUCACUGUACGCGUCGUGACGUGCCACUGCCUCAAGACGUACUUGCGCGACAUCGUGUGUCUCACGAGACUGUUUUACGAGGACAUCGAGACCAGCCUGUGCGCGACGUCAUUUUCGAAGUAGCCUCUCGAGCCAAGCAACAUCUUGAUAAGGCUAGAAGCUUGAAGGAUAAAGUACCUGAGGGCACAUUUAUCUUACUUCUACCUGCAGCCUCCACCUCUUGGUUUCUGGAUCAGCUGCAGAAGUUUGACUUUGACGUGUUUCACCCGAAACUGCAGAGGAGACAUCAUCUCUUACCUUGGACAUUGUACUUGAACAAGUUUCUGAAGCGAUAUUAGCCUGGUUUGUUACUCAGUUAGGCUGUUAGGUGGACUUUGUUGCAAAUAUCUGGAUGGAAUGUUUAUAAUAGUUAUUUGUGUACAGUAACUAGUGGGCAAAGUGUCACUUUGCUGCACACAAGAGAAAUUUUUAACUCGAGAAGGUUUCUCUAGUGCAGCAAAGGCAGUUUGCACUUGUUUGUGUUACACAUUAUAUUUUUCCUACAGUUACUAUAAAUAAUUAGUCUUUCAAACAAUGUACAAUACGUUUUUAAGGUUAGGUUAAAUCCAAACAUUGAACGAAAUUGGAAACGCUGCACUAGCUGAUCGUAGUCGUAGUAUCUUUAAGUGUUGCCAACUUAUUUUCAAGUGUAUACAUAUUAUGUGCAUAAUAAAAGCACACUGUUUUAUGUUGUUUGGUUGGAAUACUGGUGUGCGCCAAAGUAAAAUCCGUGCGACAAAGUAAGGCUUUUUGUACUAUAAUCUGUUUAAUGAAGCCCACUUUGUCGGGUGACUGUAGGAAAUAGUUAUUUGUGUAACUAGUGGGUAAAGUGGCACUUUGCUGCACAGGAGAGCAAUGUUUACGCACGAGCCGCAGGCGAGUGUGGAAUGAUCUCGAGUGCAGCAAAGGCCUUUUGCACUCGUGUUACACAUUAUAUUUUUCCCACAGUCACUAUAAAGCAUAUAAAUAAUUAGUCUUUCAAACACUAUACAGCACGUUUUUAGGUUCAGCUGGCAACACAAAUAGGUGCCCUAGAGAAAGUAGUACCCGGUCCGUAUCACUCCGCUAUUUUUCCUCGGCAAGAAAUGUGCUCCGCGUUUUGAGAAUAUAGUUCCGUAUGUUUUUGUAAUUUGAAGUGGUUUCCGCGUCCAAAAAAGUGCUUUAAAGGAAUUUUCUUGUUUAUUAAGAUCGUAGGAAUGUUUUAAAAACGUUUAAAAGAAAAGUCCAGAAAUACCGAAACUAUAAACACGAAAUGACAGGUUAAAUCGUAGUUAUAAUAGUCAAUCAGCUGCUCAUAGUAUUAUUAUCUUUAAGUGUUGCCAACCUAUUUCCAAGCGUACACGAAUUACGUGCAUAGUAGAACCACGCUGUUUUGUGUCGUUUUGUUGGAAUCCUGAUGUGCGGCAAAGUAUAAACCGUACGACAAAGUAUAAACCGUACGGCAAAGUAAAAAAUAUGCAGCAAUUAGCAGCUUUCUGUACUAUAAACAGUACAAGGAAGCCAACUUUGUCGGGUGACUGUAGGAAAAAUAAUUUUAAGUCAAAUAGAGAGGUAUUUUGAUUAUUUUUACCAUUCAAAACGGUGUUCCUAGUAAAUCUUGUCAUAAACAGAGCAACUAGGUAAGCUAAUCAUUGACAUAUUGCACUGAGGUAGCCUUGUCAUUGGAAAUUCAUUACUUUAACCUAUGCGAGUAAAUCAAAAGUUAAAUCUCAUCUGCAAGGAUUCAAUAGUAUUCAGUCUUUAGUCCACUUCUGCUAGCCACUUGUCAGUGAAAUGGUGGCUGAGUAGAUAGACACGCUGCACUGACAUGUGUUUAGCUCUGAAGUUUUUCUAUAUGCGUGGGUUUGAUUCCAGCAUUAAGCAUACUAAUGUGGCCCUUAGCUGGUGAGAGGACCCACCAUAAGUACGAUAAGUAAACGAUGUCCAGCAUGGGUAUAAGGUAACGUCAUUAUCCAUUAGUGAGUUUAGUAAGGAUUGCACACCUGUUUACACGAUGGAAUCGCCUCUGAAUCGUCUAAAUAAGCUUAUAUAGGUUUAGGUCACCAGUUUCCUUUCAAAACGUAAACGAUCCUUAGGUAACUAUGGGGACUACAGCUUCUUCGUGCUUGAAGAAAAGUUACACAUCUUCAUGCUAAUGUCAAUGUUUUGUCGUGCAUAUUUUAACCGUACAUAUUCCCUGUUUUAUUAUAAAAUUAUGACGAACUCUACAUGAGAGGUAUUCUUGACCUGAAGAUGAGCUAGUUUUCUACAAGCACAAAAUGGCUGUAGUUGCCAUAGUACUACCUAAAUUUCGUUUUGACAGCAAACAGGUAACCUACACCUGUUUAGUUUCUUUUUACACUAGUAAAGAGGAGGAGGAUGAAGUGAUCUCUUUUUGGGUUUUUAUUUUAGUUAAAUAUCACAUCGUUUACUAGGCCCAUUAUUCCAUAAAAUGGGAAACUGACUCCAUUUUUUUUUUUUUAGUUUUUACGUCACAUCCAGUAUUUUGCAACAAGUUGUAUUAGUAUUUGUACAUACCCAUUUAUAUUGUUGAAAUAAAUCUGUUAUAAGUUAAUAAUUGUCUUUUUUUACAAAC